AUGACAUUCGACCUUUCGAAGAUUAUCAGACCCAAGAUUUACAAUUUGGAACCCUACCGCUGCGCCAGAGAUGAUUUCAAAGAGGGUAUUCUUCUCGAUGCCAAUGAAAACCCUCACGGUCCCACAAUGAAAGUAGACGAGGAGCACUCCGGACUUAACAGAUAUCCCGACCCUCACCAGAUAGAAUUCAAGACGAAAAUUACUUCUCUUCGAAAUGCUCAGUCCGAUUACAAAGACGAAAAUCUAGAGUCUUUAACAGCAGAAAACGUUUGUCUGGGAGUUGGCUCUGAUGAAAGCAUCGAUGCCUUAAUUCGUUCCUGCUGCCAACCUGGAAGGGAUAAAAUUUUGAUCAUGCCACCAACGUAUGGUAUGUAUUCCGUUUGCACAGAGAUCAACGAUGUGGAGACCGUCAAGGUACCUCUAAUUGUGGAAGAUAACUCUUUUCAAAUGAAUUUACCCGCAGUGCUCGAAGCUCUGCGCAACGACCCAUCUAUCAAGCUAGUGUUCAUUACUUCUCCUGGAAAUCCCGUCGGAUCUCUCGUGAACCCAAAGAGUAUAGAAGAAUUGACCUCGCAGUGGCCGUCUGGUAUCGUGGUAGUGGAUGAGGCCUAUAUCGAUUUCGCAACGUCAGGAGGCUCGAUGUCUCCUUUGGUAAACAAACACCCAAACUUGGCUGUUUUGCAAACUUUAUCUAAAUCUUUUGGCUUGGCCGGUAUAAGACUUGGAAUGACUUUUGCCUCUAAACCUCUUGCCCGUGUUCUCAAUGCAAUGAAAGCACCUUACAACAUUUCGUCGCUGGCCUCACAAAUUGCUUUGAAAGCCAUGGAGCCAGAAAACAUUGAAAUUAUGAAAAUGACUGUUGAUGAUGUUUCUCAGCAAAGGAUCCGUGUUUUAAAUGAGCUAACUUCUUUGAAACAAACUGCCGAUACUCAAAUUGGCGGGCUAGACGCCAACUUCAUUAUGAUCCGGAUAUUGGGUGCUGAUGGUAAACCUUGUAAUAAAACCGCAAAGGCGCUUUACCACAAACUUGCUUCAGAAUCAAAAAUAGUGGUUAGAUUUAGAGGAACAGAGUAUGGGUGUGAGGGCUGCCUGAGAAUUACGAUAGGAACAAGCGAAGAGAAUGAUUUUUUGAUCAAGGAGUUUGCAGCCACUCUUGCUAACCUUCAGAAAUAG